CCAAUUACAUUCAAAACAGGUUUAGUUUGCAAGUGAAAUCUCACGACUCGAUCUCUGUCUGUAAUCAUCUACCGAACUGCUACUGAUAAUGAAUGUUGGUGUAAUCAAGUGUGGUUGGCUCGUGCAAUCGGGUGCAAAGUCACGGCCAUGGAAAAGUGGCAGAAAGUUUCGUUAGUAUUGUGUUGCGUCGGUUUCCUGAAUGAAUUCCGACCGAAUGAACCAUUUCUCUACCAAUUCCUGACUGGACCGUGGCACAACAUCACCAUCGAACAGGCCGUUCAGGAUCUGUUUCCCAUCAUCACCUACUCGUACGUGUCGCAGCUGGUGGUAGUAUUUCUCAUCACGGACUACUUCCGGUAUAAGCCACUGAUUAUCGUGUCCGGGCUGACCGGGACAUUGCUGUGGAGUACACUGACAUGGGGCAGAUCGUUACAAGCGUUGAAGUUCGUGCAAGUACUCUACGGUACGAACAACUCCACCGAAAUCGCCUAUUGGACGUACAUUUAUGCCAAGGUGGACCGAAAGCACUAUCAGAAGGUCACGUCACACAUUCGUUCGGCUGCGUUAUCUGGACGGUUUUUGGCAUCAACCGUAUCGCAAAUCCUUGUCCACUUUCAAGUCAUGGAUUACCUUGAAUUGAAUUACCUUUCGCUGAGUGCGCAAAUUGCCGCGACAGUCUGUGCUUUCCUGCUACCGAGUGUUCCUAAAAGUAUCUACUUCCACCAACGUCCACCAGGUACCGGUGAAGAACUGGAACUGAAUCCGAGUCAGAAAAUCACACCCAGUUCAACGUGGAGUCGUGCGAGUACUCAGCUUUGGGUUCAUUUCAAAUCUGCUUACACCAAUCCAACCGUCAUUCGUUACAGUAUUUGGUAUUCGCUAUCAAUGAGCUUCCACUACCAAAUCACUUCGUACGUGCAGGCUCUGUGGUCUACGAUUGGUGGUCCGAACACCGAACUUUGGAACGGAGCAGUGGAAGCCAUUUGUACACUGAUGGGUGCUCUGAUGGCCCUGAUAGCCGGUUUCGUGCCACCCUCAUGGCUUCAAGUACACACCAUACUCCUUGGGUUGACCCUGAUUGCCGCACUAGAAAGCCUCGGGUUGCUGGUAGCAACUGUCACAUCAAGUCUCAUGGUUUGCUACGUCGGAUAUACUUGGUAUGGAAUUUUACAUACCUUUGCGAUAACGUUGGUUAGUUCGGAAAUAGCAAAACACAUUUCCGACGACAGUUUUGCGCUCAUCUUCGGUAUCAACACGAUGAUGGGACUAGUUUUACAAACCCUGAUGACCGUUAUCGUGGUCGACAGCGUUGGGUGGUUGGCGUUAGGCAUCCGAGAUCAGUUUACUGUGUACGGCUUUGGUUUUCUGGCCGUUGGAGCAUUGUUCGUAGUGUUUCUACUAAUCGAAUUGUACCGAAAUAAACGAUAGUCUGUACAAUAACUUCAUUAUUCGAAAAUAUAGUCUUGUCAUAAUCUUACUUAAUUUUGUAGUAUUUCUAG